CGAAGCAAUCAAAUAGUUGUCAAAGUAGUGUGAACGACGCUGCCGGAACGUUUAUCAAAACAAUUGGAUUUUCUUGUGAAAUAGUGUAAAUUUUAGGUGUAAAAAUGUCUUUCAAGGGCAAUGCAAAGGUGCAGAAGGUGAUGGUGCAGCCCAUCAAUUUAAUUUUCCGCUACCUGCAGAAUAGAUCGCGUGUUCAGGUGUGGCUGUAUGAGAAUGUUAACACAAGGCUAGAGGGGCACAUUGUGGGCUUCGAUGAGUACAUGAAUCUCGUUCUGGAUGACUCCGAGGAGGUGAACAUUAAGACAAAGAACCGCCGGCCACUGGGAAGGAUUAUGCUGAAAGGUGACAACAUCACACUCAUCCAGAAUGUUAAUCCUGGAACGCAGAUGUGAGACUGAGGAGGGCAACGUUCCGGACAUUGCUGUGGGCGCUAUAGGAUAUACGGGGGCAUUUCCUUCCUGGAGACAUUUUGGAAUAAAGUUAAAUUCUGAUUUCAGAAAUUAAAAAAAAGAAAAUUAAAUGCGUUGUAAUAUUUAUUUGAAACUUUCCCGCCAAUUUGUCUCAAUUGAAAAAUAAAAUAUGUAAGAACACUGAUAAAAA